AUGGCGUUCAAAAUCCCCCCUCACUGGCGGCUUUAUAAGCGCAUUGGUGGCAAGAGGGUUAAGGCACCGAAGGGAAGGAAGUCGAAGAAAUUCACCGAAACUCUGAAGGACCUCUGUUGGCAGGGAGCGGAAGAACGCCUACCGAAACAGAACCGCUGUCCGACUUGUGGGCGCCCAGUGAAACGCGAGCUCAUGUACGCUCGCGGAUGGGCUGGUGCAUGGUUGUUAAAGUGCCGGCCGCGCAACGACGACGACACCGAGCACGUGUGCCAUAUCUCAUGGCCUACGCAGCCGGGACCUCCAGAUGCCCUCCUGCGGGAGAUCGAGGCUCAGCGCGACCGUGAUAACGCACCCGGGGGGCUGCCGCUCGACCCUGCCGUCGAGCAGCAAAUCCGGGAGGAUGCCAUGUUGGCAGAGCAGCUGGCUUCCGCCGAAGAAGCCGACGCGCAGGCCCACACCGACGCGAAGCAAGCACCGUUCUCUAACGCGGGCAAUCGAGGCCAGCGCGGCGAGCCGUCGCGGACCUCCAAGGGCAAGGCGGUAGCCGUGCGCGACGAGACUGACGACGAACUGUCCGAAGACGCUAGCGACGAUGAAGGCUCUGGAUCUGACCGCGACAUCAACGACAUCGACUCGCUCGACCGUGCCGUCGAGCAGCAAAUCCGGGCGGAUGCCAUGUUGGCAGAGCUGCUGGCUUCCGUCGAAGAAGCCGAGGCGCAGGCCCACACCGACGCGAAGCAAGCACCGUUCUCUGACGCGGGCCAUCGAGGCCAGCGCGGCGAGUCGUCGCAGACCUCCAAGGGCAAGGCGGUAGCCGUGUGCGACGAGACUGGCGACGAAAUGUCCGAAGACGCUAGCACGGACGAAGGCUCUGAAUAUGACCGCGACGUCAUCGACAUCGACUCCGACUCCGAUGCGCAGUCUUGGGCGGACCUCACCGGCGCGGACGAGGACCACGUCGACCACAGCUCCGAUACGGAGAUCGUCGAGGUCGACAGGGACGGCGCGCCGUUGAUGAAGGACGUCGACGACGACCUCCCUGACCUCGAGGACAUCGUGGAGGUUGACAGGUACGGCAACCCCCUCAUCGACGGCGACGACGGGACGAACGUCGACGCAGAGGACCUUCGCAUCCGGGACGAAGAAUUUGAAGCAAUGGCGCAAGCUCCCGAGGAAGACGAACACGACGACGAGGACCCGGACGAGUCUGCUAUGCGACGGGCACACGACCUGUGGCGUUGCGAAUUCGACCUGCACCUCCACCGCCAAGAUGUAUACGCGCUGUUCAUUGAUCAGAAGGUGGAUUUGGCGGAGCUAUUCGAACAUCACGCCAACAGUUCCGCCUCACCGCACGUCCUGCGCGUCAUGCUGAGCGGCCCUGGCGAGCUCCGCCUCCAGGACAUUCGUUAUUGCAGCGCGAGUGCGCGCGGUUCGUUAUCGUACCCGUCGUACGAGGUGUGGUCGCACGCCGAGGAGGGCUGGGCGCCCGUCGAGGAUGGACGCGUGCGCGUCGAUUGUCGAUUCCCUGCGAUCGUGCUUCGGAGCACUGCGGCGGUCACAUGCGGGGACCUCGGGAAGGUACUCGCCGCCGUGCGCAACGUGGCCAUCCAAGACCCUCUUGAGCGAGAGCGUCAUGAGUUCUCCGCUUUCGCGGAGGAACGACGUAUUGCCAGGCGCCAGCGCAAGUCUGAUCAAGUCGUUGUCGUGCUUUGGGGCAAGUACGGCCGGACCGUGUGCCCCAUGUACCUGGCCCGAGACCGCCAGCUUGCCCUCCGGCGGCUGUCACCCCCCCACGUGGUCAUCGAUGACCUGUCCUACGAGAUUUGGGACUUCUAUCGCAACAAAUGGGUCCUGACCGCCGCAACGAACUCGCUCGCUGUUGGCUGGGCGACCCACACCCUCCUCAUUCGCUCACCAGGAUACGGGGACCUCCCGUCGUUCGGACUUGAGCUGCAAGCGCUGAACUCUUCCUUUACGCACUAG